AUGGUGUUUCCCUGUUUGACCACGUGUCCGGUGCCGCUACUGCCCCCUCCCACCACAGCUGACAUCGUUCGCUACUCCUCCCCUGCCACUGCUGCUCUCGGUCGCCUGCUUCUGCCCUACCUGUUCCCCGACCUGUCCUCCUUUGCCACAGUCAAGGACCUCGUUUCCCACCUUCGCGCUAGCGUCACUCGCUACCGUGCCUCUGUCCCUGCUGAGUUCCAUGACAAGAACCUGCCCCCGAUGUUCAUCACCCUCUACUUCAUAAUCACUCGCCUCCCUGACUCUCUUCGCUCUGUCAGGGACCACUUCCUCUCUCUUGACCCCACCUCCCUCACUGUAGACCUCCUCGAGCAGCAUUUCCUUGCAGCUGAGACUAGUGCAGUUGCUGUAGGUGCUGCUCGUGGCACUUCGCGCCCGCCCUUCUUUGAGGGGUGCUCCCCCUCCCCCCUUGCCCCCUCCUAUGCCUCUGUUGCUGCUGCUGACGUCUCUGUUGCUGAGGACGUCGGGGCUGCUUCUGCUAGUGUGAAGUGCCGCAGCGGCAAGGGCAAGGGUGGCAAGGGUGGUGGAUGGUGGCAGCGGCGGUGGUGGAGGUGGCAGCGGGAGUAG